GCUAGUUUCACGUCGAGUUUUUGAUUCAUAUUGGGUGGAGCUUAUGAUUCUGGGUCCAAGGAGCAGACCCGUCUACGCGCCGGGGGGCCAGAUUUGCAGCCCAUAUGCCCCGGCCUUUUUCGCCCCAAGUCACGUGAGCCGAGUCGCGCGGACCGAUGCUCGCUCCAUUUCUUCGGGUGCGCCAUGCCGGCCCUAUGGCCGCGGCGCUAGGAUUCGUGGCCCCAUACUCCCUUGCGGCCCUAUAAUACGCGGCACCAAACUACUCGCGGCCCUACAUCACUCGCGCGCUGGGCUCCAAACACGGCCCGUGCCCAGCACCUCUCGAAACACACCCAGAGUGCCAGUUCCGCAGUUUCCAUCAAAACACAAAAAAAAAAACACAGGGUCCCAGCGUGGAAUCUCACACAUAUCGCGACGCCCCCCACCGCCAUGACGCUGCUCGAAAAAACCGCCCCGCCCACGCCCGAGCCCCCAACCGUGGUCUCUGAGGCGGGCCUCCGGGCCUUGGACCGCCACCAGCUCGCAGCCACCAGCACUCUCUGGAAGAAAACCUGGGCGUUCCUAAAGACCGUCCUCGGCCGUGUGCCCAAUGCAUUUGAGCACGCAGUCGUGGCCUCUGAACGCAACGACUGUGCCUUUGUGGCGAAGUACUCGCGUGUCGCCACUGUCAACCUCGCCAGCGUGGCAUCGUUGUCGGUUGACACCGUGACCUUGCACACGCUCCAUGCGCCACACCCACUCGUGGGCUUUGCUAAAGCCAGCCCGCUUUCCGCAGCAAUGGCGCGCGAGGUCGCAGAGCUGCCGGUGGUGCUUUUUGUCCACGGCAUGGGCGGCCAGAUGUCGCAGUUCGAGCCCGUCAUGGGCUUGCUUCUGCAGUGCCUGGAGAUUUACGCCUUGGACUUGCCCGGCUUUGGCGACUCGCGGCUCACGCCCACGCAGUACUGUCUGCUUGCGCCCGAGGACCAGGCAGCCAUCGCGGCCUCGGUGCGCAGCAUGCUGUGGCUGGACUUCUCCUCGGAGAACAUUGCCCGGAUCAUUGUCGAAUUUGUGCGCCAGCACAUUCCAGCAGACAAGAAGCUCAUCCUCGUGGGCCAUUCCAUGGGCACGCACUUGCUGGUGAAGGUAGCUCGCAGCCUAGACCGUGCACGUGUGGAAGGCCUCGUGCUUCUCUCGCCACCUAAGUUCGCCGACGAUAUCGCCGCAAACCCACCCACUACCACACGCAAACACAGGCCCCUCUGGCUCCUUCUGUUCUUCACCCAAUUCCCAUUUUUGCUCGACUGGUUCCGCGUUUGGGAUCGGCUCGAAGGGCUCGCCAGCAAAAGCGUGAUUCGCCAGCUUCCACGCGACAGCAGCUUCUACAUGAGGCUCCGCCAGUUCCGGUGGAACUUGGACAUCGACACUCGCGUGCUCUUGCGAUACGUGAACGGGUUUUCUGCGUGCAAAUACCUGGAGCUCAUAGACGCAGUCUCUCGCUUUAACGACAACCCCAGCGACCCACGUGCUUACGAAAAGACGCUCUUGAUAGGCGGACUCGAGGACACCGUGACACCAGUGUCGAUUCUCGACGAUGUCAGUGCGGUUCUUUUGAGCCAUUGGGGCAGAAAGGUCGUCCAGACGACUAUGGUCAAGAAUGCAGGUCAUUCCGUGCUCCUCGCCAAGCCGGAAUUCAUCAGUGGCAUCAUAUUGGACCAUUUGGAGCUGAAAUUCCCUGAGCGCCUCCACUUGUCGCCCGCAUGGGUGCUAAAGUUGAAGGCUGAUAUCUCGGGCGACAAGUGGGGUUUAAAAAACGAGCUCAAGUGGCUCAAAACUCAAAGCAUCUCAUUCAACAUCACGCGCAAAAACGGCUCCGACGUAGCUCCACUUCUAGGCAUGAAAACCUUACGCGAAGAGGACCAGAAACAUUCCCCCCAACAGAUUGAACGGAUCUUCUAUGAGGCCGGCGGUGUUCUUGAAGAAGGCGUCAAGGUAGAAGGCACGCUCAUUGCCAUUGUGGAUAUCUCCGCAGACAUUCCACCGUACUCAUCGAAAUCUUUCAAGCACAUCAAGUAUUAUAAAUGUGCCACAGUGUCAAAAGUGGCACCGGACCAAAGCGCGGUGAGGCGGUUCAUACAGCUCAUAGACGACAUUUUGGCAUCCACGGAAGUGGUGAAUCCGCUUAUCUCUGUUCACUGCCACUACGGGUUCAACCGCACUGGGUUUCUCAUCUGCUGCUACUUGAUUGAAAGACUCGGGUGGAGCGUUCGAGAGGCGGUCGACGGCUUUAGGGCGGCGAAAAGCCCGGGCAUUAAGCACCGACACUUUAUAGAUGCGUUGUAUGUCAGGUACGAGUCGUGAGAGAGGCAAACUAAGAGUAUGUUAUGUCGAAGGAACUCAACUGGUACUGUAGCUUGGAAAAGUCAUUUGAGACUCUCUGCUGCAUGAGCACAGGUGACAUCCUGUCUGAGAGAGCCGCGCCACUUCGAGUCUGAUUCAAGGCCAAUGUCUGCUCUUCGCAUGGAUUGUGGAAGCAUCGAUGAUGAAACAAGCGUUCGCAAGGUUGUCAACAUAUCUACUGCAAUGCUGUGUUCGCCAUAGCUAAUUCAGUGCAGGGUUUUCGAAAUGGAAGUUUCAUUGUAUUACAGUGUAAACUCGCGCCUGUGCUCCGAACCCAUGAGAUCAGCCGUCA